GUCCAAGCGAGCGAGGGAGCGAAGAACAAAAUGGGCGCCAAGAAGCUGCUGGUGGAGAUCGCGAGCGCCGCCAAUCUCAUGCCCAAGGAUGGCCAGGGAUCGGCGAGCCCCUACUGCGUGGUCGAAUUCGAUGGGCAGCGCCAGCAAACGGAGGUGAGAGAGAAGGAUCUGAAUCCGGUGUGGAACAGCGUGGUAGAAUUCAGCGCGCUCGAUUCCCCGUCCAUGGAAGCGCAGGCUCUGGUUGUCACCGUCUUGAGCGUCAAGAAGCCAUCGCAGAGGAGGCCCAGUUUCCUGGGAAGAGUGAGGAUCCGGGGAGCAAAUUUCGCCAAGCAAGGGGAGGAGGCGCUCGUCUACUAUCAGCUCAAGAGGAGGAGCUUGUUCUCGCAGGUGAAAGGUGAGAUUGGGCUCAAGGUGUGGUGGACGGACGAGCCAGAUCCUCCGCCUCCAGCGGAGGCCCCUGCCGAAGCAGCCGCCGAAGCUCCCGCCGGGCCUGCCGAAGCAGAGGCCCCGCCCGCCGAGCCUCCAGCGCCCGAAAUAGAAGCUGCGACGCCCGAGAGCGCCGAGGCAGUAGCACCUGGCUCGGCAGGCGGCGCCGCUUCCGAGCCAGGUGCGCCGCCUGCCGAGCCUAGCCCCGAGGCUGCCCCCGAGCCUGAGGCGAAUAGAGAGGACGAGCGCAUUGAGGUGAUCGAGAAGACGAUGAUGUCGCUGCUCGAGCCCGUGUAUUGGGAUCACAAUCUACCGUACGCGUGCGAGGUGCCUUGGAACAAUUUCAUUGCCGCGAGCGUUCUCGAGAACCCGUACAUCAAUCUGCCGGAGGAGAGCUGGAUCAUCGAAGCAGCAAAGACUAAAAGCGACAGAAUAUCCUGGCUGACUGACGGCGCGAUCCUCACGCCGGACAUCAUAACCGUCCGACAACGACCGGCGGACCGGGAGAGCCGGUCGCUCGAUCCGGGCCGUCCAAUUCCUCUGCGCGUGAUUUCGUCCGGGGAAUGGCGAUCGGGAGGACAAUGCUGGUGCUGGACUGAUUCAGGCAGUGUUCCAGGGGCUGGGAUAGCGAAAAAUCUGGCAAGGGCUGGGUCCCUGUUCGAUCGUCAGUCACACCACGCAAGAUGCUUUAGUCACGUACGAAGGACUGCCAUGGGGAGGAAACUGUUUGUGGAGGUUUGUAAUGCUGCGGAUCUCAUGCCCAAGGAUGGACAGGGAUCCGCGAGUGCUUACUGCACGCUGGAGUUCGAUGGACAACGUCGGAAAACUGAUACAAAGGCCAAGGAUUUAAAUCCAGUGUGGAACACCGUCGUCGAGUUUCCGAUACUCGAAGGCAAAAAUCUCGAAAGUGAGGUGCUGGAGUUGUCAGUGCUGUGCGAGAAACGAGGUGCGCAGAGGAAGCCAGGAUUUCUGGGAAAGGUGAAGAUUCCAGGGAGGAGCAUUGUGAAGAAGGGGGAGGAGGCUCUUGUCUACUAUCCUCUGGAGAAGCGAAGCAUGUUCUCGCAAGUCAAGGGAGAGAUUGGUUUGAAAGUUUGGUGGAGCGACGAUCCGGAUCCAUCACCGCCAGCUCCAGCUUCUCCUUCGGCUGCUGCAGCUGCUUCUGGUGGUGGUACUCCUCCAGCGGAAGAAGUUACUGCAAAAGACGCAGCGGUGCCAGAAGUUACAGAAGAAGCUCCUGCUGCGCCUGCUGCUGCUGCUGCUGCCGCUGCCGCGGAACAUCAUCCAGCUCCGUCCGAGCCAGCUGAAGCUCCUGUCGAACAGGUACGAGAAAUUCAUCUCGAAGAGAUGGCGGAGCCGAAGGAAGAGAAGCAUGAAGAGACCGAGGAAAGGAGAGAAGACGCAAGAGAGGAGGUGCCAAUGGAGCGGAAGGAAGAGCAAGAAGAGAUGAGAGAGAUACCGAACGAGAGCAAGGAAGAGAAGCACGAGAAGGAAGAGGAGAAGAGAGAAGAAGCGAGGGACGAGAAGAAAAAGAAGAAAGAAGAGAAGCAUGAAGAGAAGAAUGAGGAGAAGCAUGAACCGAAGCAGUAUGAAGAGAAGAAGAAAGAGGAGAAGAAGGAGAACAAGAAGGAGGACAAGAAGGAGGAGAAGAAACCAGAGGAGACGAGAGAAUAUCGAAGUGUGGGAAGGAGGGAAGAACAGAAAGACGUGAAGGAUCAAAAGAUAAAAGAGAGGAAAGGUGACGCACCGACAAUCGUCAUAAAGAGGCACGACGACGAACACGAACACGAGCUCUCUCGGAAGCUAGUCCGGGCAAGCACUGUGCCAUCGACAGACUUCCAUUUGAAGGAGACUACGCCCGCUCUUGCCAGAGGAAUCGGAGAGAAAGUGGUCACGUAUGAUCUGGUGGAGAAGAUGAACUACUUGUUCGUCAAGGUGGUGAAGGCCCGAGCUCUGAUGGAAUCCGGCAGCGGCUCCUCUUAUGCAAGGAUAGUUUUUGGGAGCCUCACGGCAAAGACGAAGGAGGUUGGCAAGAGCCUGUUCCCGGAGUGGCACGAAGUCUUUGCCUUCAGCAAGGAUAAUUCUGCAGGACCCGUGGUAGAAGUCAGCAUCUGGGACCACGAAACAGAUCAGUUCAUGGGAGCUGUCGGCUUUGACUUGCAAGAAAUUCCUUUCCGAGUUCCUCCAGACAGUCCCUUGGCACCGCAGUGGUACAGGCUCGAAAACAUCAGCAAGAAUGCCGAGAAGAAAGUCCGAGGGGAUGUGAUGCUGGCUAUAUGGUGGGGAACGCAAGCCGACGAAGCUUUCACGGAAGCAUGGCAGUCGGACUCUGGAGGAUACGCACACACUCGAGCGAAAGUUUAUCUCUCUCCAAAGCUUUGGUACCUGAGAGUGAACGUCAUCGAGGCUCAGGAGGUCCAACCGAUGGACAGGACGAGAUUUCCAGAAGUGAGCGUUCGUGCACAGCUGGGGUUCCAGAUCUACAAGACGAAGGUGGCGAGCAACCGUAACACAAGUCCUCAGUGGAACGAGGACUUGCUGUUCGUGGCCUCGGAGCCUUUCGAAGACGAGCUGCUGCUGGUUGUCCAGAACAAAACCGCCAAGCCCAACGAGGAAGAGGUGCUCGGGAUGGUGAAGAUAGCUCUCGCCGGGAUCGAGAAGAGGAUAGACCAUCGCCAGGUGAACUCCAAGUGGUUCGAUCUCGUGAGAUACAACGGAGGUGACAAGCACUUCCACGGCCGGCUUCACUUGCGGCUGUGCUUCGAUGGUGGCUACCAUGUCAUGGACGAAGCCACACACUACAGCAGCUGUGUUCGGCCGACGGCCAAGCAGCUGUGGAGGCCAGUGGUGGGAGUUCUCGAGCUCGGGAUUAUCAGGGGCAAGGACGUCCAUCCAAUGAAAACAGUCGACGGCAGGGGUGCUACCGACGCUUACUGCGUCGCAAAGUAUGGCCAGAAAUGGGUGAGGACGAGAACCAUCGUCGACAACUUAAACCCCCGGUGGAACGAGCAGUACUCCUGGGAAGUCUACGAUCCAUGCACAGUUCUCACGGUCGGGGUGUUCGACAACUGCCAUGUCCAUCCUCACCCGGAAGGAGGCAAAGACUUGAAGGACUUACAGAUUGGCAAAGUUCGUAUCCGGCUGUCGACGCUGGAGAGCGAGAGGAUCUACACCAACAGCCAUCCGCUGCUCAUGCUCCAGCGCUCCGGCGUGAGGAAGCUCGGAGAGAUCGAGCUCGCCGUGCGGUACUCGUCGGUUUCCAUCGUCAGCGUCAUGGGUCUCUACUUCCGGCCGCUGCUGCCAAAGAUGCACUACUUGCAUCCGCUGGGGGUGACGCAGUCGGAGAUCCUUCGCAUCAGCGCGAUGAGGCUCGUCGCCAUCCGGCUCAACCGUUCCGAGCCGCCACUCCGCCAGGAAGUCGUCCAGUUCAUGCUUGACGCCGACUUCCACGUCUGGAGCCUGCGGCGCUCCAAGGUGAACUACUUCCGGAUCAUGAACUUACUGGCGGGUCCGAUGGCCGUGGGGACGUGGUUCCACAACAUCUGCCACUGGAAGAACCCGGUGACAACGCUGCUCGUCCACAUCCUCUUCCUCAUCCUGGUGAUGUUCCCGGAGCUCAUCCUUCCGACGCUCUUCCUCUACCUCUCGCUCAUCGGCGCCUGGAGGUACCGCUACAGGCCUCGAUCGCCUCCAUCCAUGGACGGGAAGUUGUCACAGGCCGAGCAAGUGGAACCCGACGAGCUGGACGAAGAGUUUGAUCCAAUCCCGACGAACAAAGAUCCCAGCGUCGUCAAGGCUCGCUACGAUCGGCUCCGGAUAGUUUCUUCGCGGAUCCAGCACGUCCUGGGAGACAUAGCCACGCAGGGGGAGAGGCUUACCGCGCUGCUAAGCUGGAGAGACCCGCGAGCGAGCGGGAUAAUGGUGGCGGUGUGCAUGACCAUCGCCAUCUUUCUCUACGUGGUUCCACUCCGGGUGAUCGUGGUGAUCGUGGGGCUCUACGUUUUGAGGCAUCCAAAGUUCCGGGAGCGCUUGCCGGGCUGGCCGAUCAAUUUCUUCCGGAGGCUGCCGUCACUGGCAGAUCGUAUACUUUGAUGUACGUUGAUGUACCGCGCGGCUUACCGUGUGGCGUGCAGUGCGGCAUUCUUUAAAAAGCUAUCUUGCAGCGCGGUUGAAAAUGCAUUGAUGGUGGGCAAACGCAGCUGUACCGCGCGGCUUGCCGUGCGGUGUUUAUUUGCAGUGUGGCA